AGACUUAGAGACUUUUCAUGAUUCACUUGAGGAGAGUUCAAGAAGAAAAAUACGGAAAUCUGACGUGUCACCUAUGAAGGCUUCAAGAACUGAGGAGCAGCAGUGUUCACUAAAAUUUCAAGACCGGAGUCCACCCAUCCACUCUUAUCUAUUUGGGUCAGAUUUUGUGUCAGUUGAUGCUAUUGGGAGGGUCCUCAUUGUAUCUGUACCGCUAGUUCCUCUGAAAGAAUUUUGUGAUUCCAAAGGUACUAGUGCAAGCAGCACACUGUUGCUAGGCUGUUUGAAGCAAGAUUCUUUUCAUUCUAGGGCUUUGCCUGAAAAGUGCAAAGAAACAACUAUGGGAGGAAACUAUGUUUCUACUUCUCAGGAAAGAACUGAAACUAAGAAUCUACCAACACCUGGAUUAUGCAACCCUGGUGCCCAGCAAGAAGAAACACUUGCUGGGGCUGAGAGAAUUAUUCAGACUCCAGUUCCUCAAGGUAAUUUGCCAAGUGAAGGAGAUAGCAAUGGUGGGAUGCCUAAUGUUGUGGAAAACAAAUCAACAAUGCUGUUAGCUGAAGAGGUUAGCAAUGAUUUUAGAGAUAUUGAGCUUAGUCCUCGUCUAACUAAUUUUAUCAAGAGUGGUAUUGUUCCAGAGUCUCCUAUCGUUGAUUCUGAAAUAUCAAAGGGUAAAGGGAGAGAUGAAUUCAUGGUUUCAGAUCUUGUUUCACCUCUUAAAUUAGAUACUGGACUGUCAUUGAAGACUUCAGUUUCAAAGCACAAUGGAAAGGUAGCAAAUGAACGUUCGGCUAGAAGAAGAGAUUUCCAGGCUUCAUCUGAUAACAUUGAAAUUCGACCUCAUGUACCCAAUGUGAACAAUAGUCCCCCAAGGGGAUGCAUGUUGGCUGUUCAAGAUGUUGAAGAAAUUCAUAUACCUUUGGCAAAUCUGUCAAACAAUUACUCUAGCAAAGACUGGCGUUUGAGUUCUGGAGGCAAUUCAGAAGGUGUUGAACAGAAACGGAAGUUUAAAAGAUUGCGGAAGUUUGGAAAUCUUCACAAAAGGCCUCCAAAAGUCGGGGAAGAACAAAACAUUGACCCUACAGCAACUCUGACAUCUUGUGCCAAUGCCAGUCAUGUUGCUGUUGAACAUAGAAGAGGUGAGAAGAAGCUGGUAAAAGAUGCGAGAGUAUUUAUAGAAGAGGAAGCUGAGGUAUCUUCGGAAGUUUCGAUAUCUGAUGACGAGAGAGAUGAGCUGGACAAUAAUUCUUAUGAGGAUAGUUUCAUAGAUGACACGAUAGAUCCUACAUCAGCAAGUUCUCAAGCUAACGCCAGUAGGAGUGACAUGAUGGCAGUUUACAGGCAUUCUUUACUUACUCAAUCACCUGUAGAUAGGCUGGCAAACAUUUUCACAGAUAGUCCUGAUUCUGUGGUUUGUAAGACACGGAUAUAUGAAAGUGGGAGCUCAUCAGGAACCACAAAUCAUUCUCUCCAAUCACAUCAAUUUGGUGUAGGGUCUUCUGAUAGAAAUUCAUCAUCCUUUCAACUGAAUCCCGAGAGGGUCACACUAGAGGCCAUGCCAAACACAAGCAGCAUACCUCUUAGUGUCCCAAAAGAGAAAGAAAGCAAGAUAGAAAGUCGAAAAAGAAAAUUGAGCUUCUAUCAAACUGCGUCUAUUCCUGCAGUUAACUUAGAGCAGGAAUUCAGGUUUCACUCUGAAGCUGCAGGCAUAGACUCAUUCUUUCAGGGUCAAGUAGAGAGAACUGAAGCAAAUGUGAAUGUGCUUGACGAUGAUCAGUUUUAUGGAGGUAUUGAUCUUGAUGCAGUGGAGGAACAAGCUGCCAAACUACUAAGAGUAAAAUCAGAGUUGUCAAUGAAUAUCAAAAUUAUGAAUUCUGAGCCAAUUCCCCAAAGUCUUGGUAUUCUGGGCUCUCCUUCGUUUGAUCUUGGUAUCUGAUUAGGGAGUGUUAUAACAUUAUUCAGCAGCUUUCCUAGCAGAUGGAGCAUUGGUACCAGAAGAAUAUUACUCAAAUGUCAUGGGCAAGUUUUCAGGUUUCUUGCAACCGUUUUUUAUUAUAUAUGUAUAGCAUAAAGCAGAUACAGAUGUAAUAAUCAUAUGAUAGACAGUGAAAUGUUCAUGUAAAUUAUACGAGAUAUGUAUGUUGUGAG